CGUCCUGGCUGCAACAUCUGCGCACAGCCUCGAGCCUCGAAGGGAUUCUUUAAAAUCAUUCAAACGCUAAUAACGCGUUUGGGGAAAAAAGGCGCGUUUUUUCUCUCGCGAAAAUCCAAAAUUGAAUUUCGUUUAAAGAAAUGGCAGGUCCAUUUUUAUCACCUCUACCGGGCGAUCUCUUAACCGAGUAUAUGUUCGGUCGGCGACGUCAGCGACGUAAUCGUACAACUUUUACACCUCAACAAUUGCAGGAGCUGGAGGCACUCUUCCAGAAAACACACUAUCCGGAUGUGUUUCUACGCGAGGAAGUGGCACUGCGGAUCAGUUUGAGUGAAGCGCGUGUGCAGGUUUGGUUUCAGAAUCGUAGGGCUAAAUGGCGAAAGCAGGCGCGUUUACAACUCCUACAGGAUGCCUGGCGUAUGCGCUGUCUCAGUUUGGGCACACCUACUGUUAUAGCGGCAGGCGAUCGAGUGCCCAGAAUACCCGGUGCAAAUGCAAUGAAUGGCGCCUCGCCAACAGAACUGACAGCCGAAAAUCUCUCAAGUGGCGCACAAUCGAAGGAUGGUCUUGCCUCGUCGGCCGAUGCAAUGCUUGCAGCCAACGGUCAGUCUAUGCCAAGCGAUUUUACCAUGAUGCAUCCAGCUUUUCAGCAGCAGCAACAACAACAACAUCAACAGCAAACACAUAAAAUGAAUACGGACACAAUGGAUAAAAUUAAAACGGACGCCGUAAAUGGCAAAACACCAAAUGGAUGCGAGAAGACUUAUACAGAGCUGAAAUUGUACAAGGAACAUCAUGGUCAUGGCUUGGGUAAUGCUUUGCAGGCCCAUAUGAGCAUGAACGGUUUGGCGGGGGAUCCAAGUGCAAUGGCAAAUGCUUUGGCGCACGGCUCGGAUGAGGGUUCGGAUGAUUCAGAUUCUGAGGAGAUUGAUUUAACCUCAGGUUCUUGCAUUGAUUUUUCGAGUAAUAAACAACAUUUGCUGCAACAAUCACAAUCACAACAACAGCAACAGCAGCAGCAAAAUAUUGGUACAACCGCAGCAACCAAUGGAGUGCAUUAGUAUUUCAAGGGAAUCUGAUUAUAAAUCAUUAUUAUGUAAUAACA